AUGUCGACGGCCAUGGAGGCCGCAAACCCCAGGCCCUCCCCGGAUACUGGGGAGAAACCGGUCGACGAGCAGGCUUCAGUGAAUACUGAUCUAGAAAUGGCGCAUGUCAAAUUGAGAAGAGCAACAGAACAGAUAAACCUUUUAGAGGGAAAACUUCAACAAGCUGUGAAUGAAAAUGCAAAGCUUAAGGUGAAACAGACUGAAGAUUCGAAGCUCUGGCAGGGAUUAGAUUGGAAACUCUCCUCAACAAAGACCUUGUGUGAUCAACUGACUGAAACACUGCAGCAGCUAGCUAGUCAGACAGAAAAAGCUGAGGAAGAUAAGAAGUUUUUUGAGGAGAUGCUUGGGAAGAAUUCCAAAGAUCUGGACGAAUUCAACUGCCUGUUGGGUGAUUUAUCAACAAAACUGGAGGAUGCGGAACAAAAGAUAAUUUCAGGGCGACAGGAGAUGUUGCAGAUCAAACAAGAGAAAGAAGAGAUGGAUCAAAGGUACAAGGAACGACUGUAUUCAAAUGAUACUACGAUAAAGGAAAAAGAUUCCCUCAUCAAGCAGUUGGAGGGUUCAGUUGAGGAAAAUAAAUCCCGCUUGAUAUGUAUUGACUCCCGCUUGCAAUGCAUGGAGCAAGAGCUGAAGUUAAAAGAUGACGACAAUAAGGAUCUUAAGGAAUUGCUUAGCAGCUUCAUGGUUAAAGUAACUGAGCUAGAUAAAGAGCAUUCCUCUGUGUCAAGUCAUGUGUCUAGGCUGAUUUCUUCAUUUGAAAGGUUCUAUGAAAUGGCCCAAGAGGAGAAAAUGCUAAUGGCAAGAUCUUCUAAGGAUAAAUUUGAACAUCUCCAAAGCCAGUAUGUAGAUUUGACGUCAGAAAACAGUGCUCUGAAAACUGAAAUUGAAGAACUGAAGUCCAGACUCAUAGAGUUGCAGAGAACUCAAGAAAUUGUUAUGGUUCAACAUGUUGAGGAAUGCCAAGUGGCUGAAGAUAAGAUCAGAAGAUUAGAGUCUGAAGCUGAAGUUUCUGCCUCCAACAUCAAUAAGUUAGAAAAAUUAGCUUCUAAACUACAAGGGAGAAUUCAAAAGUUGCUAGAAGAUUCUACCCUUGCUGAAAAUCACAAGCAAAAGUUCCUUCAAAAGAUUUUGAACCUAGAAUCAGAUAAUCAGGAGCUUCUAGGCCAAGUGCAAUCCAUUAUGGAAGAGAAAUCUAAUAAUGCUGAGUCUCUGCAAGGAGAGAUAACUAAGCGUGACCAGCAGGUUAAUACACUUGAGAAUCAGAUCAACCAGCUUCGCAGUGUUCUGGAUGAGAAGGAGCAAUUCUAUCAUUGUUCUGUAGAAAGAGAGAAGACUUUGGAGGACCAGAAAUUACAGGUCGAAGCAUCACUUUCUUCAACAGAGUGCCAACUUAGUGAGGCAAAAAGACAGUAUGAUCUCAUGCUUGAAGGUGAAAAGAUAGAGCUAUCCAAGCAGUUGAAAGAGCUAUCUCUCAAAAAUGACAAGGUGAUCAAUGAAAUCCGUAAGAAAUAUGAGCUUGAAAAGAUAGAAAUUACUAAUGCCGAAAAAGAAAAGGCAGAAAAGCUCAUAAGGGAAAUUGAAAACAAAUGCAAUGAAAAGAUAUCACAGAACAAGUAUGAUUCUGAGAGGUAUUUGAUUUGGCUUAAUGAGGAACAUGGCACAAUGGUGGCAAGAAUUCAGCAGGAUAAUGAGCAUAAAGAAUCAACUCUGUGGGCUUAUCACAAAGAAGAACUGCAGCGCAUUCAGUCUCGUGCUGAGAUUGAAUUGAGGGAGAGGCUGUCAUUGCUCAGAAAAGAGCAUGAACUUCAAAUAAAAUCACUAAGGAUGCAUCAUGAGGAAGAAUGCCAGAGGAUGUAG